CCUCUUAACAAUGUCAAAGAAUUCUCUUUGUAACACACAGCUGAUUUACACCUAGAUCUCUGGUUUCCGAAAAAUUCAUAUUCUGUGCAGAGAAUUUGUUGCAGCAAAGCAAUGGAUACCAAGAACAAUUCAUGGUUGAUGGUUUUUGUUCUUUUCAUGUGUUUCUCUCUAAAAUCGAAUGUAUCCUUUGGAGCUGACACCAUCUUUGCAAACCAAUCUCUCUCUGGUGAUCGAACUAUUGUCUCUGAAGGUGGGACCUUUGAACUAGGUUUCUUCAAGCCAGGUAAUUCUUCAAAUUACUAUAUAGGCAUCUGGUACAAAAAAGUGUCUGAAAAAAACGUUGUUUGGGUGGCAAAUAGAAACAAACCAAUUUCUGAUAGAUAUUCCUCAGUGUUAAGAAUAUCAGGUGGUAAUUUAGUCCUUUUCAACGAGUCCAGAAUACCAAUUUGGUCCACAAAUUUGAACUCCACCAACAGUACAGGUUCAGCUUCUAUAGAAGCAGUUCUUCUUGAUGAAGGAAAUCUUGUUUUAAGAAAUUGGUCGAGUAAUUCGUCGAUGCCUUUAUGGCAAAGUUUUGAAAAUCCAACUGAUACAUGGCUCCCUGGUAUGAAGAUUCGACGAAACAAGCGGACCAAGGAAAACCAACUUCUCACUUCAUGGAAGAACAAAGAAGAUCCUGCAUCUGGUCUCUUCUCUCUUGGGUUAGACCCAAGCGGACUUGAUCAAUAUGUUAUAUUGUGGAAUUAUUCCGAACAGUACUGGAGUAGUGGUUUAUGGAAUGGUCAAAUUUUCAGCAUGGUUCCUGAAAUGGUAUCGCGUCAUUUUUUCAAUUUCACCUAUGUGUCAAAUGAAAAUGAAAGUUAUUUCAUGUAUUUUCUUAUAGAUCCCAUCAUAUCUCGAUUUGUUAUGGAUUCAGCAGGGCAAAUUAAGCAAUUGUACUGGGCAGAUGCCAGCAAGACUUGGUUUCAGUUUUGGUCUCAACCGAGACAACCCUGUGACGUUUACGCUUAUUGUGGUCCAUUUGGCAGCUGCAAUGAGCAGACUCAGCGUUUUUGUGCUUGUUUGCCAGGUUUUAAACCAAAAUUAGACCAUGAUUGGAACUUGAUGGGGGAUCAUUCUGGGGGUUGUGUGAGGAAAACCCAACUGCAGUGUCAAAAUAAUAGUCUUGCCAAUGGGAAGAGUGACAAGUUUUUAAAAAUUUUUAACAUGGUAUUACCUAAAAAACCACAGUCUGUUCGGGUAGGGAGUAUCGCGGAAUGUGAAUCAACAUGCUUGAAUAACUGCUCUUGCACUGCUUAUGCUUAUGAAAACAACGCAUGUUCAGUUUGGGUGGGAGAUCUCUUGAAUCUUCAACGACUUGCACAAGAUGACACAGAUGGCAAAACAAUUUAUAUCAAGCUUGCAGCCUCUGAUAUUCCAAAUCCAAGAAAUAACAAGGGAACGGUGAUUGGUGGUGCUGUUGGGGGGUCAGCUGUUCUCAUACUUCUUGUAGGCCUCUUUGUGGUUGUGUACUUGAGGAGAAGGAGAACGAUCAAAUCAGCCAAAGCAGUGGAAGGUUCAUUGGUGGCAUUUGCAUACAGGGACUUGCAAAUUGCGACCAAGAAUUUUUCUGAGAAAUUGGGCGGUGGAGGUUUUGGUUCUGUUUUCAAAGGGAUGUUGCCCAAUUCAAAUGCCAUAGCUGUGAAGAGGCUUGAAAGCAUUAGUCAAGGUGAGAAGCAAUUUCGAACAGAAGUCAGCACAAUUGGGAAUAUCCAACAUGUCAAUCUUGUUCGGCUUCUUGGAUUCUGCUCUGAAGGUGCUAAAAAGUUAUUGGUUUAUGAUUUCAUGCCGAAUGGUUCUUUAAAUUCCCAUCUGUUCCCUGAAAAGGAUUUAAAGGUUCUUGAUUGGAAAACAAGAUACAGUAUUGCACUGGGGACGGCCAGAGGGUUGGCUUAUCUUCAUGAUAAGUGCAGAGAUUGCAUCAUACACUGUGACAUAAAGCCAGAGAACAUUUUAUUAGAUGCUGAAUUUUGUCCAAAAGUGGCAGAUUUUGGCUUGGCAAAGCUUAUCGGGAGGGAGUUCAGCCGAGUCCUAACAACCAUGAGAGGGACAAGAGGUUAUCUUGCACCAGAAUGGAUUUCAGGAGUGGCCAUUACAGCCAAAGCAGAUGUUUACAGCUAUGGUAUGAUGCUUUUUGAAAUUGCAUCUGGAAGGAGAAACUAUGAGCAAUUUGAAGACGGAAAAGUGAAAUACUUCCCAACUUGGGCUGCAAACCAAAUUGCCAUAGGUGAUGAUCUCCUUACACUAUUAGAUCCAAAGCUGGAGGGCACUGCUGAUGUAGAAGAGCUCUCCAGAAUUUGUAAAGUGGCUUGUUGGUGCAUCCAAGAUGAUGAAACUCAUAGGCCAUCAAUGAGUCAAGUGGUUCAGAUCCUUGAGGGGCUUUUGGAAGUGACGCAGUCUCCAGUUCCAAGAUCUCUCCAAGUAUUUGCUGACAGCCAGGAGCACGUAAUCUUCUUUACUGACUCGUCCUCAAACCAGAGUUCACAGUCACAGAUAAACAACACUUGAGACUGUUUCAUCUCAAGCUAAGAGCAGCACAUCCUCAAAAACUUCCUAAACAGGAGAAUCAAGUCGAUAUGUUUUCAGUUUUUUCAUAUUUGGUUGAAGAAUAAAUGUUUUGGCUUCUUGAUGUCAGUUUCAGGUCGGUGUAAUAAGUGGCUUAGUUGGUUUUUUUCUUUUUUUUCCUGGUUACUUUGUAUGUAUAUAUGUAUGUAUGUAUGUAUCCACGGAAGACAUGUUUCGAAUAGUAAUGUAUUUUGCUACUGCUGUUUUUGUAGUUAUAA